CGCAUCGCGCAAGACGACCUCCCUGCAGUUGCGCAGUCAUGGCAGGACCUUUGUCUCGUCAGCGGCGGCGAUAUUUUCACCAACGAGCCGUGUGUGCAGCUUGCCGGAGUGGACGGCAUCAACGCCCUCCUCGCCGAUGCCGAGCCCUGUGCGCAGCAAGACAACGCGGACGCGAUGAUCGACUUUGCGCGCUCGCCCGGGGUCACAAACACCGACGCGCUCAUCGCGAACGCGGUGGCGUACGCGAGCCACCCGCGGAACGCGCCGAACAUUAACGGCGUCAUCCCGAGCACGCUCUUCUGCCAGCGCGCGCCGCGGAACCCGGAGCUUGCUGGUGUGGUGCGCCCCCAGCUUGACGGUGUCGACCUUGGGAUCUUUGGGGACGUGAAUUCGGGGCUAUUUGCGUUCGGAGCAGACGGCACAUGCCCUUUUGGACAAACAGCGGACGUGAACACUUGCGGCUGCUCCUGA